GAAUUGGAUCCCUUUUUUUCUUCCCCCACCCGUAUUGCACACCAACCAACCAAGACGAAGGAAGGUUUCUCAUUUAACACCUUCCCAAACGACGAGCUCGAUUCUUAACUACUUCCCCCUUUUUUUUUUCCUUCCUGCUCUGAGGAAAUUUAACGAUCAUGGCUUCACCCACCGCCUCGCAAAGGUACUUGAGUACCCGUGGCGGGUCCUACGGCUUCACCUUUGAGGCCGCCGUCCUCAAAGGCCUCGCCAGCGACAACGGCCUCUUCAUCCCAGAGGCAAUUCCAUCCCCACCCACGAACUGGCAAAAAACCUGGAAGACCCUCUCAUUCCAAGACCUAGCUUACGAGGUCCUCUCACUCUACAUUUCCCCGGACGAGAUCCCCUCCUCAGACCUACGGGAGCUGGUCACACGCUCGUAUUCCACCUUCCGCCACGAGGACAUCACGCCACUCAAUACCAUCCUCCCGGAUGCAAACCUGCACGUCCUAGAGCUGUUCCAUGGCCCCACGUUUGCGUUUAAAGACGUUGCAUUGCAAUUCGUCGGGAACCUGUUUGAGUAUUUCCUCGUUAGGAAGAAUAAGGAUGUGAAAGAGGGGGAGAAGAGGCACCACUUGACAGUGAUCGGCGCUACGAGUGGAGAUACCGGAUCCGCCGCUAUCUAUGGCCUUCGCGGGAAGAGGGACGUAUCAGUAUUCAUCCUCCACCCGAAGGGUCGUGUGAGCCCGAUCCAGGAAGCGCAGAUGACGACAGUGCUAGACAAGAACGUGCACAACCUCAGCGUCGUCGGAACUUUCGAUGACUGCCAAGAUGUGGUAAAAGCACUCUUCUCGCAUCCCGAAUUGUCAAAGUCCCACAACCUGGGCGCAGUCAAUAGCAUCAAUUGGGCCAGGAUCCUCGCUCAGAUCGUCUACUACUUCUAUUCCUACUUCACCUUGCUCAGGCGUCUGCCGGUAGGAAGUGUACCCAUCUUUCGCUACGUCGUGCCAACGGGAAACUUCGGUGACGUGUUGGCGGGUUACUAUGCUAAAAAGAUGGGCCUACCAAUCGAUAAGCUCGUCAUUGCGACAAAUGAGAACGACAUCCUGGAUCGCUUCUUCAGAACAAGCCGCUACGAAAAGCGUCCUGUGUCCCCAGAGGAGGGUGAAGGUGGCCCAGCAGUAGGCGGGGUUAAAGCAACCCUUUCCCCAGCAAUGGACAUCCUCAUAUCCUCUAACUUCGAGCGUCUACUCUGGUACCUAGCCUACGAGAACGAAAUCCCCAACGCUACCAACGAAGACCAGAAACGUGCCCGGGCCGGCAGCGUCCUGAACGAGUGGAUGACCUCCUUAAAGAACACUGGCACUACCGUGGUCUCCGAAGACGUGCUUAACAUUGCAAAGAGGGACUUCACUUCCGAGCGUGUUAGCGAUAACCAGACUGUCGAGACUAUACGGCAUAUGUUUAAUACCCCGCCUUCUGCAUCUUACAUUCUUGAUCCGCAUUCGGCCGUUGGAGUCGCCGCUUCCUUGAGACUUAUUAAGGCUUCGCAGGCUGCUGGCGAAGAAAACGUCCACCAUAUCUCAUUGUCAACCGCACAUCCGGCAAAGUUCAAUCAUGCAGUGGAUCUAGCGCUCACAGGGAUUAGUGGUGGCGAGGAGGUCGGGGACUAUGACUUCGAGAAGAUGGUCAGGCCACAAGAGUUCCUUGGCUUAGAGACUAGGGAGAAGAGGGUUCGCGAGGUGGAGAGGGCGGAUGUCGAGCUUGUUAGACAGGUUGUUGUCGAAGUGCUAGAGGAAGAAGAGGUUGAGAGGUAGUUUUUUCCCCCCCCCCCCUCCCCACCCACGGCUCCCCACUGAACCGGGCCGGGGCUGUCCACGCAAUUCCAUAAGAUAAAAACCCCCUUGACGAGCGUCUUGCUUUUGGGGAACGAGGGUGCGAUUUUCGUUAUGGCGCCGACCGCCCAUAUGCUCCAACUACCAUCAUCAGACAGAUAGAAGAUAUAUAACUUUUACCACAUGAUAUAUAUUAAAUGAAAGAAAAAAGGAAAAAGAGUCAAUGAAAAGAAACACAAUCGCCUUUA